GGGACCGGACCCCGGGACCUAAUCACCACACGGCUCUGCCUCCCACUGUCAGGCUCCACCUAGCGCCCCGACCCUUCUCAACCUCGUUUCUGGGUCCUAAAGGCUACGAGGUUCCCGGGGAUGGAGGGCCGGCUCUUCUAGGAUCUCUGCCGGGCGCGCGGCGGCCGGGGGCCUAGGGACCGCCCGGGAAAAGUCAAAUUCUGACUUUAUAAUGAGGUUUAGUGGGAUAUACUUCUUCAUGCUGUAUUCAAGCUUGAUCUUUUUCAUGAAAGAUUUAGAAGUCUGGAUUCAGUGCCUACUUUUGCUGCCUAUAUUUUAUGAGCCUAAAAUAAUAAUUUUAGUUCAGUCUGAAUUGUUUUUUAAGAAAUUAUUGGUCUACCUUUUAGUUACAUGUGCUCUAUGGCUCAACACAAUAUUUUCAUUUGUAUUAACUAAAGUGACAUGUUCAGCAACUCCAUAAGAAAGAUAAGGUGGCUGUAAUGUUUUAUUUUACAGAUUGAUUCAACUCGUUCAUUAUACUCAAACAAUGAUGAAGCUUGGUGAGAAUAAGAAAAUAAUAAUCACAGAACUUUAGAAUUGGGAGGAGUAAUAGUUGGGAUUAUUUCUUCCAAUUAUUUCUAAUUUUUGGAUGAGGACACAGAGGUCUGGAUUGCACAGAGUGGCACAGAUUUUGAUGAAAACUGACCUCUUAAAUCAGUGAUCUUUAUACUAUACCACUGGUUCUUUCUAUCAGUGAGUUAGCCAACCUUUGCCUACAAAGGGAGCAAUUUGUAAAAGAGAAUUUCUAUUCUAUUUCUAAAAUUUAGCUUUGUAAUAUGAAUCAUGUCCUUUAAAUUUGUUAAAUAAAUAGCUAAAUUAACGAAGACAAAGAAAGAAGAAAGAACAGAAACAAGGAACGAAAGAAGGAAGGAAGGAGGGAAAGGAGGAAGGAAGGAAGGAAGGGAAGGAAGGAAAUAAAUCUACUGAAAUUAAUUACUAUUAUAAUCUACAUCAAUAAUUUGGAUUUUAAAUUUUUGAACUUUUUCAUUUUACUUCUUUUAUACAGUCCCUCCUUGGUGGGGGUGUGUGUGUGUGUGUGUGUGUGUGUGUGUGUGUGUGUGUGUAGAAUGUCCUCUUGUUACUGUGGAGGAUUACUUCUACCAGGAUAACACUCCUGCCUCUCACCCUUCCAAAGAAGAGUAGGUUGUUUGAAUCAUGGAAAAUCCACUAGCCCAUAUCUCAUCAGUUGUGAGAACGCAUUAGAGAUUCACUCACUUUCCUUCCCUUUCUGACCUUACUGGUGCAAGUCAGCAACUCCAGCUGUGUACAGGACACAUGCAAGGCUCCCAGUGUGCAAAACUGCAGGGGACUGUUGACUUUGUAUCUUGGAGUUGGGCUGCACAUAGGAAACAGCACAAAUGGCACAGGCUUCCUCAUCUGCUCUCUGCCAAUAACAGCAGGAACAUGAAGCCAUCACUCUUGGUGUUUAUUGUGUAUCUGCUAUGGUUGGAAGGACGUCACUGCGCACCUACUUGGAAGGACAAAGCCGGUAUCCAUGGAAACCUGAAGGGUUUUCCUGAGGCUGGAGACAUAGAUGGAGACGAAGAAGUGAAGAAGGCUUUGAUUGGUAUGAAGCAGAUGAAAAUCAUGAUGGAAAGAAGAGAGGAGGAACAUACCAAUCUAAUGAAAACCCUGAAGAAAUGCAAAGAAGAAAAGCAGGAAGCCUUGAGACUCAUGAAUGAAGUUCAGGAACAUCUAGAAGAAGAACAAAGUCUAUGCCAGGUGUCUUUGACAGAUUCCUGGGACGAAUGCAAGUCUUGCCUGGAGAGUAACUGCAUGAGAUUUUACACAACCUGCCAAUCUAGCUGGUCCUCUAUGAAAAAUACGGUCGAACAGUUUUUCAGGAAGAUGUAUCAAUACUUGUUUCCUUUCCACGAAGAUAAUCAAAAAGAUCUCCCUGUCAGUGAAAAAUUCAUUGAGGAGGAUGCACAAGUGGCCCAAAUAGAGAAUGUAUUCAGCCAGCUGACCGUGGAUGUGAGAUUUCUCUUUAACAGGAGUCUUAACGUCUUCAAACAGAUGCAGCAAGAAUUUGACCAGGCUUUUCAAUCAUAUUUCAUGUCAGAUACAAACUCCACGCAGCCUAGCUUUCUUCCGGUUUUAUCCAAAGAACCAGAGAAAAAAAUGGAUCCUGUGCAAAGUUGGGACAUUCCCAGCUUCUUCCAGCUGUUUUGUAAUUUCAGUCUCUCUGUUUAUCACAGUAUCAGCACAGCAGUCACCGAGACGCUGAAUGCAAUAGCAGAUUUACCAAAGCAAGACAAAGACUCUAACCAUGGAAGCCUGAGUUCAGAGAUGUGGCCUGUGCAGAACAGGGGACCGUGUGCAGAACUUGGCCAGAAUUUGUCAGAAUGUUUCCAGUUUCAUGCAAGAUGCCAGAAAUGUCAGGAUUACCUGUGGGAAGACUGUCCCGAUGUACCUGAACUGCACACAAAAGUAGAUGAGGCCCUCAGAUUGGUCAACGUGUCCCAUGAGCAAUAUGCCCAGAUUCUCCAGAUGACCCAGCAUCACCUGGAGGACACCACAUAUCUGAUGGAGAAGAUGAGAGAGCAAUUUGGCUGGGUGACUGAACUGAAAAACCAGACCCCAGGAACUGAGAGCACCUUCAACUCCAUAAAGGUGGUUCCAGAUGUUCACGAAGGGAAUUUUCCCAAACAAGAUGAAACAAUGAUAGACUUGAGCAUUCUGCCUUCUCCCAAUUUCACACUCAAGAUCCCUCCUGAAGACAGCGAUGACAGUUCUAACUUCAUUAGCUACGUGCUGGCAAAAGCUGUGCAGCAUUUUAAGAAACACUUUUAAAAUUGGUAAGAAGACCUAACUCAUCGUACACCUGGCAAGUAGAAUUACCUCUUCAGGUACCUCUGAGACCUGAAAAUCCCAAAUGUAUAAAACAAUGUAAUAAACGUAAUACCAGGAAAA